AGUAUUCCUCGCGGACAAUCGAAGGUGCUUGUCACGCGCUCUACCAAUGUAUUCCGCCAUUAAAGCCUGAACCUUAGUCUUCUUCCUUAGUUCCUUCCCUUCUUUGCCGUUCUACAAAGUUCAAUUCAAUUCACAAUCCCAGCUUUCAUUCUCUCCAACAAUGGCGCGAAAAUCUUCUCUCCUCAAGCGAACCCUAGCUUCUCUCUGUUUUAUACUUGCCCUAUAUGCCAUCAUCAACACCUUCAUAAGCUCCACCGCUACUCUCAAGCUCGACCGCUCCUUCCCCUUCAGUUCUGCCAAUUCCGUCAUCGUCUCCGACGAAUUUUCUUCCCAAGACACUGAUCUCCUCAAUUCCUCUGGGAAAUCCCUCUCCCCAGUCAAGAUUUACCUCUACGAUGUCCCCACUAGGUUUACAUACGGUGUAAUUGAGAACCACGGCAUAGCUCGCGGUGGAAAACCCGUCCCUGAAGUCACCGACCUUAAGUAUCCUGGCCAUCAGCAUAUGGCCGAGUGGUUUCUGUUCACGGAUCUGCUUCGACCUGAGUCGGAGCGUAUUGGGUCUGCUGUGGUUAGGGUGUUCGAUCCAGAGGAAGCGGAUUUGUUCUAUGUACCCUUCUUCUCGUCCUUGAGCUUGAUCGUCAACCCUAUCCGACCUGCAACCGGGUCGGAUCAGCAGCAGCGGAAGCUUGUGUACAGUGAUGAGGAGACGCAGGAUGCCUUUAUGGAGUGGUUGGGGAAGCAAGACUACUGGAAACGGAACAAUGGGCGUGAUCAUGUCAUUAUAGCGCAGGACCCGAAUGCAUUGUACAGGCUGAUUGACAGGGUUAAGAACAGUAUCUUGCUUGUUUCAGAUUUUGGGCGGUUGAGGGCUGACCAAGCGUCGCUAGUUAAGGACGUCAUUGUACCAUACUCACAUAGGAUCAAUACUUAUACUGGUGACAUUGGUGUUGAGAAUCGGAAGACUUUAUUGUUCUUCAUGGGCAAUCGAUACCGUAAAGAGGGAGGAAAGAUACGUGAUAUGCUUUUCAAUAUACUUGAGCAAGAACAGGAUGUUAUAAUCAAACACGGAACACAAUCACGAGAGAGUCGGCGUGCUGCUACACAUGGGAUGCAUACGUCUAAGUUCUGCUUGAAUCCAGCUGGUGACACUCCCUCUGCGUGUCGGCUUUUUGAUUCUGUUGUGAGCUUAUGUGUACCAGUGAUUGUCAGUGAUAGUAUUGAGUUGCCUUUUGAAGAUGUUAUAGAUUACUCCAAGAUUGCAGUGUUUUUUGACUCGGUUUCUGCUGCGAAACCUGGAUUUCUGAUGUCAAAGCUAAGGAGAAUAUCUAAAGAGAGAAUUUUGGACUAUCAGAGAGAAAUGAAAAAGGUCUCAUUAAAUAGGAGAGAGACUCAUCCCAUCAUAAAAGGGGGGAAAAAGAUUAAGAUAAAGAGGUACUUUGAGUAUACAGACUCAAAUGGCACAGUGAACGAAAUAUGGCGCCAAGUCUCACAGAAGUUACCUCUAAUUAAGCUAAUGAUUAAUCGCGAAAAGAGGGUCAUUCAUAGAGAUGGUGAUGAACCAGACUGCUCUUGUCUCUGUUCAAACCAAACUGGCAUCAGGGCCAGACUAUAAUUUUUUAUUUAUGAUUUUCUGGGAGAAUCAACUACUUUUUUCAAGCGGCAGGCCGGCUGCAAGACUCGGAGUUGGAGAAAACUGAGGAUGAAGUUAUAUAUACCAUGCCUUACUAGUUCCAACCUUGAGAUGGCCAUAUUACUUAAGUAAGCUGGUUUUUCUUCUAACGAGGUAGGUAGAGGUUGCCAUAUUUAUAGGCCUUUUCACUUAUUACUACUCUCUAUUCUUUUCUUUGAGAUGGUUAUGUAGAACUGACAUAGCCUUGCAUAAUCUGGUAAUAUUUGUAAUUAUUAUUAUGAUUUUUUGCUUCAUUUUUUGUGCAUUGUACAGAAUAAGGGUCUGUUUGAUCCUUCCAUAUUCAACCGAAGUUGUUUUUCUUCAUUUUUACUUAGUUGUUGUAGGCUUUGAGAUAAACAUUGGGACAUUUAGAAUAUGAUUAGUAUUGUAGAUUAUGUCUAAAUUACUCUCUCACAUUGUUUUUUGGGUGGUGAUGUUGGUAACUGAAAGGAGAUUCUUAAGUGAAUGACAAAAGACUUCUUUUGCUUAUCCCAAA